CUUCUUGAGUACUGGUGUUCCUCAACUGUGCUGCUGACAAGGAUGUCUACAGCUUACGGCUACGUACAUCAAGCCUCCGGGAAACUACAUUGACGAAACCAUAAGUGUACGGCAUCCCUUGUCCAAUGUGAGAGGUGUGGCAUGGUGUUCACGCAGUCAUGCAGUCAUUCGAGGAGGGGAUAGCCAGAGAUCUUUGGUCGUCUGAAGCUCGCGGUGGUCUUGGUGGAACACCGCCGCUGUUCACCAUAUAUGAAGCCCAACACCACCCGAGCUCGAAUGACAGAUAGGAGGCGUUGUCUACCCAUACAAAAAAAAACAUAUCUACCAGUUUCAACCCUUCAAUGACCAUGCAAUCAUCCUCUACAUUUAGCACCACUCCCUCCUCCCUCUCCGCCCACGAUGCCGAACCAGCCAGCCACCAAGUCUUUCGUGUCGAAUCGCCUCAGAACCACCACAAACUCUUCAUCCAGACCAGCUCCGACAUUGUUCGUAGCUUCUUUGCUCACGUCAUCCAUACCGCAGACACCUCGCAGCCGGCAAUGACCUUUGUCGAGGACGUCGCAGACACUGCAGAUCCUCUCGCGGCUGCCCUCAACAUUCAGCACCUCGGCUCCGUCGCCCCUGGGGACUUUGAUCGCCUCCGCGCAGCUUGCCGCGAGAACCCGCCACCGGAGAAGGGCCCCACUGAAGAGGAAGGCGAGGAGGAAAAUCUCAGGCGCAGUCGUGUCUGGCUCCACGAGUUGGUCCACGUAUUGGUUAGUGACGGCAUCCUAAAGCCGCCGCCGUUGCAUGACGACUCCCACUCUCACCACCGCCCGAGACACCAUCAUACGCAUCAUUGCAUUCAUCAACGACUCCACUGCCAUCAUCCGUAUCGAAGACGUGGCCGCCAGCAGUUACUCGCCAACUCUCUGUUAAACCCAGCAGCAACGGUCCAGGAACGAUGAUCACACCUGAUUAAGAGUAUUAACGGUAGCACUAGGCUUGGCUAGACAUAAGAGAGGACAACAACAAAGAGGCAAGGCGGAU